AUGACUAGUCUCGUAUCUUCUAAUCCGUUUUCUAGUCAAAAACGCUGGGUCGUCAUCUAUCCAUCCUACAUUGAUAAGAAGAAGACUGCCAAGCAGGGACGCAGAAUCGCAAAAGCGCUCGUAAGUUGAAAAACAAUCACAAAAAUUCAUUCGAAGCAUUCUAGGCUGUGGAAAAUCCUACUUCUGUAGAGAUUCAUGAUGUUCUGGCUGCAAUCGGAUUCAAUCCACUUCUUGAGCGGAACAAGUGUUAUCCAAGAGAGGGGGACCGUGAGCCAGAAGUGCAAGGACGAGUUCGUGUGCAGCUGAAUAAUGAUGACGGCACCCCGAAACACGCUCAGAAAACAAGUAUAGUUUGGCUGUUUUGGCUGUUUUAAUUAUUUUUUCCUAUUUAGGAGAGGAUAUCUUCAAGUACGUUGCUGAGAUGAUUCCGAAACUGAAGACUCGUCAGCCGGGAUAUGUUGCAACAGCUGCGACGUCUUCUGCUAGUACAGCAGGAAAGAAGAACAAGAAGAAAAAGUAA